AUGUCGUUUGAGAGACUGCGCAAAGACAAUAUCAUUACCUGUACGAGACAAUACGCUCAUAUAGUCUUCUUAGCAAGUCUGGUCACACUUCUGGUCAUCAAGAAAAGGUCUGAAAGGUCCAACGAAGCCCCAAAUCCGCCUUCAUCAACAAUAGAUGCGGAAAGAUGGUUUGCGGACUUGGAGGAUGAUGACGGGCCCCGACUCACCACCGAUGACGCUAUACAGUCUCUUCACAUCUCGGGCGAGGCACUGUCAUGGUUUGCCAGCCAUAUGCCUGAUGUGACAACGUAUGCUAGACUAUCGGAUGCACUUAGACGCGAGAUUGGCAACGUGAGCGCUGUUGUUGACGUGUCAGCCGGGGGCAUCCGACCGGAGGCCAACGAACGUCAGGACCACCUGAAUGCGACACAAUUGCCAUUCCGACUGCCUUCAACGCAUGGGAGCCCUCAAACUGAAAACAUGUUGGGUGCAAAUGGGCCCGGUAUGAUACAGUCGGCAGCAGUCGAGGGCCCUCCGGGCAUCGACACCGACUUAUCCGUGGGGGGCAUUGCUCUAGACCCGUUAACAGUCGACGCGGGCGCAGUUGAUAACCUGGGCGGGCAGAUGUUCCAAGAAGGAGGCUGGCCUUUUUCCUCAGUUGCUGGGAUGGAAGACUUCGGCUCGGGGAUAUCGGAAUAUCUGUGGGAUAUGAUUCCCAUGUGGGAAGAAUCUCCCUCUGCACCCUUGGGGGGUCACAUUUGA